GCUAACUCAAUACAGGUUGAACUGAAAGUACGCGGGGACAGCUACUGACCAAUCAUUAUCGUGCCCGAAGCACGUGAUUUGCAGCGCUCCACCAGCACAGCCCCGCGCGCGUUAGAAAUACUGUAGGUGGCAUGUAGUAAGGGAGCACUUGCGUAACUGCCACCAUUUCAUUAUUUUCGUCGAUUGUUGCAUGCGGCAUAACAGAGACUUCAGUGAUAAGUACGUGGAUCAUGGCUGAUGUUCUCCUGAUCCUCCGUGUGUGCCGAACCAUCAUCGGCGUGGUGGGUGUACUGGGCAACUGCCUGGUCAUCGUGGUCAUUUGCAGGGUCCACUUCAUGCACACGCUGACCAACGCCUUCAUUUGCCACCAGGCGGUCAUCGAUUUGCUGGGCUCGCUGCUGCUGGUGCUUCAGAACAACAUCCCCGUGCCGGUGCCGUUGCCGGAAACCACCGCCGGUGAGGUCUUGUGCCGGAUGUGGAUCGGAGAUGCUCUCCUCUGGGUCAUGUUUGUCACCUCUACGUUCAGUCUCCUGAACCUGACUCUAGAGCGCUACGUGGCCAUCGUCUACCCCUUCAAAUUCCAGGCCCUGUUCUCCAAGAAAUCCGGGGCGGUUAUGAUGAUCGUGGUCUGGCUGAUUGGCCUCCUGCUGAAGUCCUACUCCUUCCUGAUCUACAGCAACAUCGACGGCAAGUGUAAGUUCCUGCAGCUUGAAGCAUCUAAAGUGAUCGGGCCGCUGCUCAUCUGCCUGCAGUAUUUCGCUCCGGCGUGCAUCAUGAUAUUCUGCUACACCCACAUCACUAUUACCUUGAAGCGUAGCGCUAAACAGAUCGGACCCCUCACAGCCACCAUCAGCAACCACAACGGCGUAGAGGGGAGCCAUAACCUAGCGGCGAGCGCGAUGGGGCAGUCUCGACUCGGUAACGAGCAGCAGGAUUCCUUACUCCGGGCCCGGCGCAACACCUUCAAGACCCUCUUCAUCGUCUUCGUGACCUUCCUGAUCUGCUGGUCGCCAAGUCAGUUCACCUUCUUCUUGUUCAACGUGGGCUUGAUCAAGAUCGACUAUGACGGGCCGCUGAUGGUCACCAGCACCAUUCUGGUUGCCUCCAACUGCUGCAUCAAUCCGAUCAUCUAUUCCUUCAAGUACCGUCAAUUCCGACGAGCCUUGCGCAAGCUGAUAGGCCGUCCAGAAGCGACGGAAGACGCGAUGAUAACUAUGUCAACAGCUCAAACGGCCAUAUCAGCCGUCAGAGUUGAAAAGCCCUCAUAAGCGUAAAAAGGCACUGGAUUUAGAUUUUAGUUGUUGGGAGGAUAAAGUUGCAACACUAUUUGCGAACUGAAGGACUGAAAGGACGGUAUGUUGGCGUGGAGAUGGUUGAUGUUGAAAACGGGAGUGGACUGAGAAGGUGGGUGAGAGAGUGUCUGAAUAUUUCAAAAACCUUCACUACAUUUUGCACUUCUAGACUGACAGGAGAAAUUCGCGCACUAAAAUAUCGGUAACUUUUUCCUAUUUGCUGUAUUGAUGCGGGCAGAUAAUUAUACGACAUUGGGGCACUUGGGACUCGGAGCCAAUUUCGUGAAAUUUCUCUAAUAUUGACCCUAUUAUCCCCCUAUGCAGCGUGUGUCAAUAAAAACGCAGGAUUAGAAACAAAAAUAUUAAGAAUAUAAA